CCGGUCCCGACGAAGAAACAGCUACCGGCCCUGCGAGCGGCGCCUCGCGCGCACGCGCCCUGCAGCCGGGGCGGAAGUGCGGCUGGGAGACGUCAGUUCCGGAGAGUGACGGAGCUGCGGGUCAGAGGCGGCAGCAAAAUGGCGGCACCUGAGGAGCGGGAGCUGACGGCGGAGCAGACCGAGAAACUGCUGCAGUUCCAGGACUUGACCGGUAUAGAGUCCAUGGACCAAUGUCGUCACACGCUGGAGCAGCACAACUGGAACAUAGAGGCAGCAGUACAGGACCGACUGAACGAGCAAGAGGGUGUCCCAAGUGUCUUUAAUCCUCCUCCAUCACGGCCAUUGCAGGUCAAUACAGCCGACCACAGGAUCUACAGCUACGUUGUCUCGAGGCCGCAGCCGAGGGGCCUGUUAGGAUGGGGUUACUACUUUAUAAUGCUUCCAUUCCGAUUUACCUAUUACACAUUACUUGAUAUAUUUAGGUUUGCUCUGCGUUUUAUACGCCCUGAUCCUCGUAGUCGGGUCACUGACCCAGUGGGUGACAUUAUUUCAUUUAUUCAUAUGUUUGAGGAAAAAUAUGGGAGGAUACACCCUGUCUUCUACCAGGGAACUUACAGCCAGGCACUGAACGAUGCCAAGCGGGAGCUGCGCUUCCUGUUGGUUUAUCUUCAUGGAGAUGACCAUCAAGACACAGAUGAAUUCUGCCGCAACACACUGUGCGUACCUGAGGUGAUCACCCUCAUAAACACUAGAAUGCUCUUCUGGGCUUGCUCAACCAAUAAGCCAGAGGGAUACAGAGUCUCCCAGGCUCUGCGAGAGAACACAUACCCGUUCCUGGCCGUGAUUAUGCUGAAGGACCGCAGGAUGACAGUAGUUGGGCGGCUAGAAGGCCUCAUCCAGGCUGAUGACCUCAUUAAUCAGCUGAUGUUCAUCAUGGAUGCCAACCAGACAUACCUGGUGUCUGAACGCCUGGAAAGGGAAGAGAGGAACCAAACCCAGGUUCUGAGACAGCAGCAAGACGAAGCAUAUCUGGCAUCCUUACGUGCAGACCAGGAAAAGGAGCGCAAGAAGAAGGAGGAACGGGAAAGGAAGAAGAAGAAGGAGGAGGAAGUGCAGCAGCAAAAGCUGGCAGAGGAAAGGCGGCGACAGACGCUGCAGGAGGAGAAGGAGCGGAAGUCCGAAUGCCUUCCUCCCGAGCCACAUCCUGAUGACCCGGAGAGCGUCAAGAUCGUGUUCAAGCUGCCUAACGAUUCCAGAGUGGAGCGGCGAUUCCACUUCACACAGUCAUUGACGGUGAUCCACGACUUCUUGUUCUCCUUGAAAGAAAGCCCUGAAAAGUUCCAGAUCGAGGCCAACUUCCCUCGCCGUGUCCUGCCCUGCCUCCCUACAGAGGAGUGGCCCAACCCGCCCACGCUGCAAGAGGCUGGACUCAGCCACACGGAAGUCCUCUUUGUGCAGGACCUCACGGACGAUUGACACUUUUCCAGAAGGCACACAAUGGAAAGAGAAAUUCAUAUUAUUAUUAUAAUACAGUAUUUUUUUUAAAAGACUGCAUACAAAUGAGGGAUCAGAGACCACAUCGCCUGUGCCAGCUGUGCUGCGCGUGUGCGCUGGCAAGAGGAGUGUCUUCACACGCCCAUGUACAUGGCCAUCCCCUGCACUUGGAAGGCAGAGAGGGAGGGGAGCUGGUGUUGCCCCUCCACCCUUCCUGGGGAGGAACAGGAAUGGCAGCUCUCGGUAACUAUUGCUUUUAUUGAUGACAAUAAUAAUAAAACCCCGACAACCUGACAUCUUGUGAAGAUUUGAUACUCUGCUGCUCCUGACAGCCAGAAGACCACCAGGCACCUGAAUGUGCUAGGAGAGGGGAAGGGAGGGAAGGGCUGGACAGAAUCUCUUCAGCUUCCCUCUGUGUAUAAAUACCUUUCUUUUAAUAUUUCUCUUGCUUUGUAAUGACCAAAGGAGAAUGGGGUUGACGAUAGUAUUAACUUUUUUGAUAAAGAGCUGGUUUGAUUCUUACCCGUGUGGGGUCUUGCCCAGGGUUCUUAGCCUGCGUAGUGUAAUAAACUCUGCCUCUAGCAUGUCUGGGCUGGUGCU